AUAUUUGCUGUUGUUUUUGUCGUAUUUGCAGUUUUUGAACGUUACAAUAUUUCACUAUGUUGUUUAGACUUUUCUGGAACAGAUUUUUCUUUUUGUUGUUUUUGCUGUACAGUUGUUUUUUGUUUGUUUGUUUUUAAUCCAGGUCUGGUCUAAAUUGAUCUACAUGUAAUAAAAAGCUGUUCUUUUUUGCCACGUUCACAGCUGGAAUGAAGUUUUCACAAAUCAGAGACUCCGUUUUAAAGACCCUUUAACUUCUGCAGGACAGUCUAGUCUAAAUUUGACUCUUUGUUUCUUUAUAGUGAUUUCAGAUCUGAUUUUCACCAAUGAAAUAAAAGUCAAGGUUUUCUUUUAAGGCUUGUGUACCUACUUCUUUUUCCUUUUUUUUCUCUCUCGCUCUGCCUCUUUUCAACUCACCCUGAAACUGAAACUAGCUUUACUGCCUUUCUGACACAGUUUCCAUGUCCGGUGAACACCACUACAGCUCUGAAAUCCAGUGUGUGGAAAUAAACGUCGAGGUACAACCUGGUAGAAGAACAACACAGAAAUGGUGUUCAGGGUCAUCGUGAUUGGGCCCGAUUUGGACAGAUCGUUAGUCGACCUGUGUGACACCGAGGAGCAGUUUAAGACCAUCACAGUGCUGCAGCUGAAGGAGAAGAUACGGGAACGUUUUGGUUACAAACCAGAUACUAUACGACUAAUCUUCACAGGUCGCUACCUGUCAGAAUCCACCCUUCUGUAUUCUGUGUCAGGUGAACACCACCACAGCUCUGAAAUCCAGUGUGUGGAAAUAAUGGGUCAAUGCACAAGCUGUCAGAAGAACAACGCAGAAAUGAUGUUCAAGGUCAUCGUGAUUGGACCCAGAGGCUGGAGGUGGUUUAUCGACCUGUGUGACACCGAGAAGCAGUUUAAGACCAUCACAGUGCUGCAGCUGAAGGAGAAGAUACGGAAACGUUGUGGUUACAAACCAGAUGAUAUACGACUAGUCUUCAGUAAUGAGACUCUGUCAGAAGACUCCACCCUGCUGUAUGAUUAUGGAAUCAGACACAUGUCACAGAUACACGUGGAAUUAUUACCAGGGGAAGGAGAACUGCCCCGAGAUGAAAAAGAUCGACGUUGGAAGGCCUUCAUAGAAAGUAUAGUUUUGCAUGGAUCACGAUAUUGGAUGUCAGAGGAACAUGUGGUAAGAGAGCUACCUGAAGGAGGACCAGACCCAGAGAAGGAAGAUGGAGGGAUGGGUGACAAGGAAAAAAGCCGAAGUAUGGAAUUGGUCUUAAAAUUUUAAACCAUUUUAAUAACAGGACAGCACCACCAGCUCACCUACGACUCUGCAUCUCUGACACUGUAAAACUGCUCUAUGCAACACAAUGACCAGUAGUAAUACUGGAGUCAUGUACGAUCAAACUAGAAACCAGUUCUGCAGGAGGAGAGUGAAACAGAAAACCAAACCCUGCAAGCUGACAGGAUGAUGGUCAUCGGUUCACUGCAGUUUGAAGGCAGGAAUGCUGUUCAGUAAAUCUUGUACAAGCUCAUGAGAUCUAAUGAAAGACAUGUUAAAGUGUGUCAUUAUGUGUGGAGGUGAGAGGCUCCGUUGUUUUUAUUGAUAAUCUUUCUGAAUUAGUUGAAUAUUAAACCACUUUUUCAGUCUUUGGACUUGCAUUUUCACAAAUAUAAUGUAACAAUUUGCUGUUGUUUUACAGAUUUUUAUUAUUGUUUGAGUAGAAAUUAUAUCUAAGGAUUAGCAUGGUAAAUCAUUAUUGUUAUCUCUUACUCUAUUGAAAAAAAAUAGAGAUAUAUUUACAGAUAUUUACUGUUAUUUUUGCCAUAUUUACAGUUAUUGAACAUUACAGUAUUCCACAGUUGUUUUUAAACUCUUUUCUUGAACCCUUAUUCCACAUUUUUCCAGAAAUUCUAUAUUUUACUCUUAUACAAGCUCAUAAAAUAUAAUGAAAGAAAUGUUAAAUCGUGUCAUCAUGUAUGGAGGUGAGGGGCUCCGUUAUUUUUAUUGUUAAUCUUUCUGAAUUUGGUCAAUAUUAAACCACUUUUUCAGUCUUUAGA